CUGUAUUGCUAUAUAUAGAAGACAGACUCAGAGCAGAAUCAAGAUGGAAGACAAUAAAAUGGAAAUUGAAUUGAAUGCAGAUAAAAAAUCUUAUGCUGGAAUACCAGAAGCUGAUUUUGUAGAUGAUGUUGAAGCCUUUAUGGCAAAACCAGAAAACGAAUCUGUAGAUAAAGUACUCAGGAAAUUUGAUGAGAGCCAUGGAAAGUAUAAAUUUAUGGAAUACAAUUUGGUUAAUAAGAGAAGACGAUUAAAAACACAGAUACCAGAUUUAGAAAGAUCUUUAGAAAUGAUCGAGAAAUUGCAAAUUGAAAAAAACAACAGCCAUGAUUUAGAAACACAAUUUUUAUUGUCGGAACAAGUAUAUGCGAAAGCUAUAAUACCACCUACAGAUAAAGUAUGUUUAUGGCUGGGUGCUAAUGUGAUGCUAGAAUAUACUUUAGAUGAUGCACAAGAAGUGCUGACCAAAAAUAUCGAAGCAGCUAAGAAAAAUUUAGGCUAUGUAGAACAUGAUCUAGACUUUGUACGAGAUCAGUUUACUACAAUGGAGGUGAAUAUGGCACGUAUUUAUAAUUGGGAAGUAAAGCGCAGACAAGCAGCAAAACCUACAUGAGAUUAUCAAUCGUACUGUAUAAAAUUCGCCUAAAAACUCAAGAGGAUAUUUAUAUUAAGAAUAAAGUUUGAGUACACAGCAUUGAAGAUUCUGGAAUUAAAACUUGGAAUAUUAUUCAUUUAUAAAUUGUCAAAUUGAUAUAUAGUUAUACAUACUAUAUACAUUACUAAAAAUAUAUUCAGAUUCCAAAAUAAAUGAUCUGCAAUUUUGAAUACUAA